AUGCCGCCAACCCCUUGCGUGUUGUGUCAAAACAACAGAGCCAUCGUCAAAAGGCCCAAGAAUCAUCACAAAGUCUGCAGAGACUGUUUCCUCGUGGCCUUUGAGGACGAGGUUCAUCAUACCAUUGUCUCUUCUAAUCUAUUCUACCCCGGCGAACGGGUAGCAAUAGGCGCAUCAGGCGGCAAAGACUCUACAGUGCUGGCAUCGGUCCUCAAAACACUCAAUGAGCGGCAUGAGUACGGACUGGACCUGGUUCUCCUCAGCGUCGACGAGGGUAUCAAGGGCUACCGAGAUGAUUCGCUCGAGACGGUGAAACGCAAUGCGACUCAAUAUGAGAUGCCGUUGCAGAUCGUGGGCUACGAUCAGCUCUACGGAUGGACCAUGGACCAGGUCGUGGAAACGGUUGGCAAAAAGGGUAACUGCACGUACUGCGGUGUCUUCCGUCGACAGGCACUGGAUCGAGGCGCCAAGAUGCUCGACAUCAGGCAUGUUGUCACGGGGCACAAUGCAGACGACGUGGCCGAGACUGUCCUGAUGAACCUCCUCCGCGGCGAUCUGCCUAGGCUGUCCAGGAGUACCAGCAUAGUCACCGGGAACUCAAAGAGCGAGGUCAAGAGGAGCAAGCCUCUCAAGUACGCCUAUGAGAAGGAAAUCGUCUUGUAUGCACAUCACAAGAAGUUGGAUUACUUCAGCACCGAAUGCAUAUACAGUCCUGAAGCAUUCCGGGGAACCGCUAGAAGUCUGAUCAAGAGCCUGGAAAAGGUUCGGCCGAGCGCAAUCCUUGACAUUGUCCGAAGCGGGGAGGACAUGGCACGGCUCACACCUGACAAGGGUCAAAGCGGCUGCGAUUGCAGCCCGGGAGAAGGCAUGGGCGGUUGCGGAUCUGCCAAUGGAGCUGCGGGAGGCGAUAUGACCUUGGGUCGAUGCAUCAAAUGCGGUUACAUGUCGAGUCAAGACAUGUGCCAGGCUUGCACGCUCUUGGAGAGCUUGAACAAGAACAGGGCCGAUAUCAACAUAUGA